AUGCUACAGUAUGGUAAAUUUAUGAUGAUCUGUCUGUUGCAGGAGGAAACGGGAGCCAGUACGGUGGUAGCCGGGGGUGUGAUAGGCGGUACAGAGGGCCCAGGCGGCGGGUGCCGCAUAUCAUCAAUGACGAUGGCCGAGAGCGUCGUGGAGGACGCCGCGGCCGCGCCCCCGGGUCCAGCAAAGCCGCCACCUCCCUCCUGUACGAAUAAUAAUACAUUAGCUGCAACUGCGAAUCGAAAUCAUCGAGCUUUGCGCAAACGAAGACGCCUCAAUCAAGUUCUGGAUGAUCUUCAAGCGCAUAAAAAUCCUCCCAACGAGUGUGAAACUAGUUCCAACAGAUUCGAAUCAACUUCAUUGGUGUCUGAAGAAGAAGAAGAUGUUUUUGGUUCACCAAGAUCUGUCGAUCUUCCAAGUCAAUUUUCAUCGAAAAAUCUCAAAGAUGAGCCAGUAGAACUUCUAGAUGAUUUGGAGCCAUUAGAGAAUUUGGAAUCACAAAGUGAAGACAGGUUGACAAUUGGUCCAAACUACAAUAAGCACCAUCUUCCAAUAAGUCUUCAAAGAGAUAAUAAUAAUCAUCAUCAUCAUCAUCAUCAUCAUCAUCGAGUGCCCUUGAAAUUUCCAGGCUGCAGUUGUAUAAAUUGUUCUACGACAAAUACAGUAAUGCUACCUUCACCAACAUCGCCACAAACACCUAUGACACCCUUAAAUUUCACACCGUUGACGCCAGUUUCUCCAUUAUCAUAUAGCUUUGAACAAUAUCUUCAUACAAAGUACCUGCCUACACCUGAUGAGAGAAAACGUAGUCAUUCAGAUUCAGAUGUUGGUGCAGGCUGGGAUCAAAAAGCACUUUGGUCAAGAUCACAUACACCAGGGAGUGGAUCAUUGGAGAGUGAUAACACCACUAGUCCUCAAGAAUCACCAUUGGAUCUUUCAAUGAAAAAUUCAUCAGUAGAACGGCCAGCAGCCCUCCAGCUAUUACCAUCUGGUGUUACCGGAGUUGUAACACGUGGAUCGGUCAGUGUACCAGUUGUACGGGGCGAUGUUGCAUCGCCAACUACCAAGGAGAGUGUUGCCUUCAGAUACAAUUUGGAAGUUUCUCCAGUUGUCGAAGAGAUGCCCCCUGGUGCUGAUGUUGCAUAUGUUUGCCCAGUUUGUGGACAAAUGUUUAGUUUACACGAUAGAUUGGCCAAGCACAUGGCAUCGAGGCACAGGAGACAAGGACCAAGAGAUGCAUCAGCAAAAGCAUAUCGGUGCGACGUUUGCAAUCGGAGUUUUGCAAGAUCGGAUAUGCUGACGCGACACAUGAGACUCCAUACCGGCAUCAAACCUUAUACUUGCAGAGUUUGUGGUCAGGUUUUCAGUAGAUCUGAUCAUCUGAGUACCCAUCAAAGGACUCAUACCGGUGAAAAACCAUACAAGUGUCCCCAGUGUGUGUACGCUGCCUGCAGGAGAGAUAUGAUUACGAGGCAUUUAAGGACUCACGCUAGAUACGUUGAUGGACAGACUAAAUCUGAAUCUACUGAUCUAGAAAGUCCUACUUAUCCCAUUGACUCUAUGUCCAAUCUCAAAACUGAGUAGACGCUAAUAUUCCCAAAUAUUUCAUUUAUAUUUCAAAUCCCUUGACAUCCGAACAGCAAUCUGCUCAUUUUGUCGAGUACGCUCUACUCAAUCCUUCCGUGUCAACGUCAUUAUGAAUUAUACAAAUUCCAAAUUUUCAUAAUAACAAUUAUUGAGGGUUUAAUAAAAUUAAUAAAAUCCCAUCCGAAGACUGCCCCCCACCUGUGUUCGUCCGCGGCAGAUAGACGGCCAAACAGUAUUAUCCCCAUGUAUAUCUUUCACCGGUUCAUCGUUCAUUAUAACUUUUAUCUUUUUAUUGUCGUCGCCAGUGCCGGAGAAUGUCAACAUUCAUUCCACGCCAAUUGUAAUAUUUACUCAACAUAAUAAUUUCCAUCUCUCUAGCCUAUUUUUAGAAAUUCACUUCCAUUGAGUGGCUUUCCCCCCCUUUUUUUCUCUUUUUUUCCCCCAGAAAGUAAUUUUCCGAAUGAAAUUAUUCUUACCUCACUCUAUAAAUCCAUGUAAUAUCACGUAUGUGCUCUUAAUGUAACAUUUUUUCAUAAACAGUGCCAAAUUAUUUCAUUCUUUUCGGUUAUUUUUUUAAUAGUACUAAAUUGUACUAAAUCGGUUCAAUUUAAUCUGUUUAGAGGUCGGAAAAAAGAAUUGACUAGCGGGUUGUUAAUCGUUCAACUGAUACCAAUGUAACAUUGAAAUUAUGAAUCGAAGAUUAUUAGUAUUAUUAUAAAAAACUUAACACGUUGAGUUAGCCACAUUCGUGCCUGCGAGAUUGAAUAUUUUUUUUACAUUACUAUAAACAGGUGGAUGAAAUAUUAGUUGUUAAGAAAGUGUGUUUGUUUGUUGUUUGUUUUCAUUAUUAUGUUCCUCUUAAGGUAUGAUUUUUGUCUGUUACAUAUGAAUCUUUGAGUUGUUGAGUCCACCGCAAGUUUAUAGAAUAAUGAGGCGUUCAAUCAUAUAAAAUUGAUGACUGGUGGCCAUUUCUUCAAAUACCCCACAAAGAAAAGGGGGAAAAAAAUUCUAUGACGUCCAUUUUCGUACAUGUAUUUCGAUAUUUUUGUAUAUCAGAAUUUUUUUUUUCUUUAAAUUAUGAUGGAUUAAACUGAAAGAUCGAUCGGUAAACUGUCAAUUUAUUUUGCCAUUUUACUUGCCUUUAGACUUAUUAAUCAAUCGUUGAACGAGUAUGCCGAUUAAAAGAAUUUUUAACUGAAAAGGGGAGGAUUACGUUUAUGUCUUCGGGCAGAGUAUGAGAAAAACGUGCCAGACAAAAACGGAAUUUAUAUGAAAUAUAUGCUUUCUGUAAUUAUAGUAUGAUUGCGAAUAUUCAGUUAUUCGCCAUAUCUGAAGAUUUAUGAAUCAUUUGAAGUACUCCUGUUUAGUUAUUAAUUAAUUAUCAUUAUUAUUAUUAUUAUUUCUUGAUUAAACUUAAAUAAGUUGUUAAGUAGUUUCUCAUGUUUAAAACUUCUGUUAUUUAUUUUGUUAUUCUCUCUUUUCUUCACUACUACUUAAUUAUUUUUUUUACUCGAAGAAAUUGAAUUAAAAUAAAUUGAAGUAAAAAUGACAAAAAAAAAUGUUUUCUCGUUGAUACCUUGAGACAUAGUCUUCAAUUCGAUGAUGAUUUUGUACCUUAAUUUAUAAAUUAUGUCGUAGCCUAGGAUUGCAUCAGAACCGAUGAAAAAUGGAAUAUGAAAAAUUUCACAAUCCUCCAGUGAAUCCUGUCAGCAAUUCUCUCUUAAGUUAACAUUAUUUAUUAAUGAUGGUGAGAACGAUCAUUAACUUUUCUAGGUCUGAGAAAUGCGCAUGAGAUGAAAAGUGGGAUAAAUUUUUGGUGGCGAGAAACAGUUGUGCCUUGACAAUGCGGAAAACAUUUUCUAUUGAAAUAUGAUGAUGACCGUUGUAACGGACAUAUUCGAUGGAGUUUGUAUAGGUUUAAAGAAUCAGGUUAAUCAAAACAAUGUGAUUGAACUGAAUUAGCUAAGGAUCGGAGGAAUGAUAUUACCUAUAGUUUCUAAAUUCAUUCAUCUGUUUUGUUUGUGGCCUGCUCAUCUCGGAACAGGAAGGAGAAUCGUUAUAUUAUUCAUGUGUAUAUGUAAAAAUAAAAAUGAUCAACUUCCAAGGGAAGAAAAUGAAAAAAAUUUGCUCAUACCUUUUCAAUUGUCUUGCCUCCCUCCCUCCCCUCGAGAGUUUAUCAAAUAUUUAUACAUCACUGUGUGCUCUCGGUUAAAUUUUAAGUACUGAAACAAACGAACAACUAUUUAUAUCAAUGAAAUUAGCAAUAAUGAUAAUAAUGAUAAUAAUAAUAAUAAUGCUAAUGCUAAU